GAAAGAGAAAAAGGAAAAAAAGAAAGGAAUGCAGAGAAGAAGAGAAUCAGCUCCCGUCGCGUGACGCGCGCCGAUAGGUGUCAAACGCGUGGCAGACAGACAGUUGACAUGACAUGAGAGAGGAGCGUCGGGACGCGGCCGUCGGGACGGUGGUGGCCGGGCGCCGGUUGCCCGGAGUCCUGCGGGAUAAUGCGCAAGCGGGAUAACCCGCAGCUGCGCGUUUCACUCGAUCGCCGGAACGUUGGAAGGCCUGCCUGUUUCUCCGCUUGCAUUGUCGCGCCACCGAUUCACCGGAUACGAAGGGGACACGCUGGUCGCCCUCCGUUCCAUUCCCAUUGGCUUGAAUCGGCGGCUGGUAGGGUUCAGAGAUUGUCGAUUGGUCGGUGAACACGGGACAGGCGCGGCGGUUUGGGAUCAGAGUGGGAAUGUGUUUGAACAAGAUCGGGAGACUCAAGAGUAGCGGAGUACACUCGCUAACCGGCCUUCAUCCACACGCUACACAGAGAGACAGAGAGACAUAGAACGAAAACUGGUGAAUGAGGGAGGUGAGGCGGUCUCAAACACACACGGAGCCCCGCUCAAACAACGUCGAUCGUGUCUUCAGCUCGUGUGCUCGUUGCUGGCCGCGCGCGACCAGCCCCGCGCGUCGAUUCACCGCCGUUGUUCUCCCGCGAUUCAGUUGUCUCGCCGCGUGUUGUCGAAACGAUCGAGCGAUCCUGGAUUUUCACCUUGGAUCCAUCGUGUCCGUGGUUUUCGCAAUGGAACAGUGCGGCCCAGUCACCGACCGAGUUUCGUACUGAGAUAUUUGUGUAUCCGAGAGGUGUACUUUGACGAUCCUUGUUGUGUUGGAAGAGGAAGAGGAUAAUACUCUACGUCGUAUAAAUAUACGUCGGGGUCGUAGUAUCGGUUGGUAUCGGUACCUACUACCGAAGGUAUUCAGUGGAUUUUCGGGGAUUUUUCGGAGUGUGCGGAGUGUUACGGUUGUGAAGAAGGCUUACGAUCCACUCGAUCAUCGAGGACGGCGAUAUAUCAGUGAUACAUAAUACAUACAUAUCGGGGUUCAACUUGGAUCGAAUAAAAGUUGAUCGAUAAUACAUAAGAUAAUUAUUGUGGUCCGAGUGAGUAAGUAAGUUGAAGUAACUGGAGUGGCGUGUUUUCGGGCGUGUGCCCAGAUAUUUCCGUUCCAUAGGAGAAGAUUCGGGAGGCGUCGCAUUACCAACAACAGCCGUGGUACCGCGGUUUUCAUGAUUCUCGUUUGACAAGCAGACAGCAGCCCGCCACACCGGCACCGGUUAGCUCUAUGACCAUGCUCCAGUCGCAGAAGCUGUACAGCGACACUGGUAGCCUCGGCGGCGCGAUGACCAGCGCCGCGAUGUCUACGAUGGGCAGCAUGGCGCCGACGUACAGCUCGAUCAACUCGGUAGGAUGUAUGCCGAUGGGUAUGUCGAUGGGUGUCGGUGUCGGGCCAAGUUGCAGCCCUCAAGGGGCUGGGGGUUUCAACAUGAGCACCAUGAGUUCAGCUAUGGGGAUGGCGUCGAUGGGCGGCGGUGGCAUGGGUGGUUAUGGAAGCGCCUCGAUGGGCGGCGGUGGUGCUUGUAUGAGCGCCGUCGGCUAUGGUCCUCUGACACCAGGCGGCGGCGCCGGUGUCACCAGAGAUCCUCUUUCCCUUGCUGAGCCGGAUUCGCCGAAUUCCGCCUUGCAACGAGCCAGAACCGACAAGUCCUACCGCCGAAGUUACACCCACGCGAAACCGCCCUACUCUUACAUCAGCCUGAUCACGAUGGCCAUUCAGAACGCUCCUAGUAAAAUGCUCACCUUGUCGGAGAUCUAUCAGUUUAUCAUGGACCUGUUCCCAUUCUACAGGCAGAAUCAGCAACGCUGGCAGAACUCCAUCAGGCAUUCGCUCAGCUUCAACGACUGUUUCGUCAAGGUGGCGCGCACACCGGACAAGCCGGGCAAAGGUUCUUUCUGGACUUUGCAUCCCGAGAGUGGGAACAUGUUCGAGAAUGGAUGCUAUUUGCGUCGGCAGAAGAGGUUCAAAGAUGAGAAGAAAGAGCUAACGAGGCAGAACAAGCAUCAACAGCAUCACAACGGUGCGGCAGCGGCCGCUGCCGCAGCAGCGGCUGCGGCUGCCGCCGGGCACAGCAGUCCAACAUCUCACGAACUUUUGCCACAAGCUGCCCACGCAGGUAAAAAGACAGCGUCCUCUCUGCACCACGGAUCCCAACAGCAAGACGACAAGGAUCUCCAUUCUCUGGUGUCCUCGCAUCACCAUCAUCACACGGCCGGCCUCCACCAGCAUCACACCGCGCUAAAGAGCGACACAGCGGACAUAGGCGGCCUGUUGCCCGACCUAGGCACCACUCACGACGAACUCACCGCCAUGGUUAGUCGAAGUCUUCAUCCUCAUCUGAUCUCCGAGCCGACGGCGGCUCUGCAUCACGGAAUGGCCGGUAGUCUGAAGCAAGAGCCGCCGUACACAGCUGCCAGCCAUCCGUUCAGCAUCACCAGGUUACUGCCAGGCGCGGCGGGCACGUCACCGGGUGCUCAGGACAUCAAACCACCCGAGAUGAAGAUGUACGAGCAGCUGCACCAGAGCUAUGCCAACUUCGGCUCGCCUCAUCACCCACACGCGCACUCCGCGCCACCGAGUCACCACCAUCACAACGGUAUGCACACGGGCUCGAACGCCGCUGGCCCGAUGCACAACAUGACGAACCAUCAUCAUCAAGAGUAUUACCAAAGCCCGUUGUACCAUCAUGCUACAAGCGUGGCUAGCAGCAGCGCGCCUCCGCCGUCCUCCGUCGCCACCGCUGCUCCGGGCUUGUGACACCACCCUACUCACCCCUACGCCUUGGCCUGAGCCGCUGCAGCAGCGGCGUACGCCGCCACCGCAGCCGCGAGCAACCCUUCGACCACCGCUAACAUUGUUCUUCCUGACCACAAUCAGGACCACCAGGUUCAUCAUCAUCAACAACAUCAGCAGCAACAGCAACAACAGCAACAACCACUCUCCUCAUCGUCCUCCUCGUCGUCCUCCUCGUCGUCCUCUUCGUCCUCGUCGUUGGUCACCGGCGUGCAAUCGACAGCCGCUGUCUCACAGUCGACGUCGUUGCGCGUCUCCGCGUCGAUACAGCAGUCGCAACAGCGACGUAGACGACGCUGCGAGGACAACGAAGCAUGCUGGCCGGCCGUCGGCCACGACGAUGAUUACGACGAGGAGGAGGAGGAAGACGACGAGGAGGACAUCGUGUGAGAUGAUGCUCGAACGGAGGAGAUCGGAGCCGAUCCGAGUCGGAGGUGAGAGAGUCGCGCGGCUGGAUUUUUUUCCAGUUUUCGAUCGUUGUCGAAAAAGGGGUUCGGUGUGGCGCGGAUGAUGCGAUGGGGCGUCUCGAGACACGUCCACGGAGCACGCUUUAGGAGAAUCGACCGAUUGGGCAGGUGCGAAUUUUUCUGAGUUUCUGUUUGUGGAAACAGUGAUUCCUCGAUGAUCGUGAAUGACACGCGCGGUUACUCGUCUGGCUGGUCGUGAGUUCGUUCGAACGAUUCGAUCGUGAUAGAAAUGACAGAUUCGGCGAGGAUUCGAUUUAAUUGGAAGAUCGUGUUUUUUAGUUGGUUGUUUGGUGACUACGCGACGUGGUAAAAGAUUUUUUUCAUUGUCGCGCUAGGUUGUUGCAUUAUAAAUUUAGAGAAUUUUCGAGGUGAAAGACAACAGUGAGAUUAUAGAUUCUAGAUUAAAAUAAAAAUUUUGCCGCGUACACGGUAAAAUCGGUUUGAAUCGAUUAUUAUUACGGUUGUCGUAUUACUCUGUUAGUAAAUACUUGGUGUCCCUGUUGUUUCAUCGUGUUUAUAUUUACGAAGCAAAAAUAAUCUGGUAAUCUACAAGCAGUAAUAAUCUCGUAUAUAAAUGUGUUUUUGCACAUUGUAUAUAGAAAUGAAUGAAGCAUGCAGUUAUUUGAAAUGAAAUUGUUGGAAAAGGUAAUGAACUGAUGAAAAAUAAUACGAAAAAUUUACCAAAACGAGAUUUCGAGAAAGAUAUUUGUAAUGCAACAA